GGCACUGACCGCGAAAUGUGAAAUGCAUUUAUUUCUAAAUGAGCAACAACGCUGUGAAAAUCUAAUUUUAUUCGUAUUAGAGUAUCAAAGAUAACAAUGAGUUGGGAAAUUACCUGUGCUAACAUGUGUCGAGGAUGUAUGAAAGUUGACGGUGUACUUCUUCCUAUGUAUGAUGACGACACGAUUAGUCAAAAAAAUUUACCUGAUAAGCUUGCUGAACUUGCAUCAAUACAGAUUGAUAGAUUUGAUGGAUUACCAAAUAUGCUUUGUGCAAAGUGUGCUUAUCGCACAAAUGCAUUUUAUGAUUUCAAGUUACAAGUUCAAGCUACUGAAAAGAAACUUCGCAAAAUGUUUGAAACACAAAUUUCAUAUAACAUAAAGGAAGAGGCAAUGGGCGACGAUUUUGAACAAGACUGUUCAGAACAAUCGAAUGACGAAUUAUCAGAAGUGAAACUAUUAGAUGAUAAACAAGAUAUUAGGCCUAUUAAUGAUACAGACAGUUCAGAAGAAUUUUUAUCUGAACGAAUGAAUGUAAAUCAUAAAGACGAACAAGCAUUAGAGCUUGACGUAUCUGAUUUAGUGGAAGAAAACGGUGAAUUUUCUAAGGAUGGUAUAUCCGCAUUAAGAAAUAUUAUUAUUUCGAAACUAUCAGGAGCAGAAAUUGAUCAAGAUAAACGAUUAAAGGGCGAGAUACCUGAUGAAAUUUCGAAGAUUUUAGAAUCCCAACAAUUAGACUAUACGAUAAUGUAUAUACCGGAAGAUGUUUCUUUAGAGAAUGUAGAGAAUGUGAAUGCAGACAAUACGCUUUCUUGUGAUGCUGUGGUUAAAUUAGAAGAUAAAAAAAUUGACGAAGUUAAUUGUAAUGGUGAGCUUUUAGAUGAAUCGGUAGACAACGAAGAAUUUUUAAAUACCGUGUGUAAUGAAAAAACUGAAGAAACUAGAGAUGAUAAUAAAACUAAUAAGGACGAAGUAAUCUGGAAAUCUACAAUUUCGGAAGAAAAAUCAAAAGAAAAAAUUAAUGAGAAAAAUAUACAAAAAAAUUCGCUAGAGUUUGAUCAACCAGAAGAAAGCAAUGAUUCUGAUUCUGAUUAUUUUGUUGAUCCAAAAGAUAAUAUAUUAGGUAGCUUGAAUGACACAAUAACGAGAAUAAAAGAAAUCAAACUUGAAGAUGAUGUAAUACAGUAUCAAUGUACUCUAUGCUUGCAAAAUUAUGAUAAGUUGACUGGUGUUUUGUUGCAUACUAUAGAUAAUCAUGUGCCAAGUAGUGGACCAUUCUUUUGUGUAGUAUGCGAGAAAGAUUGUGAGAGUCACAGAGAAUUACGUACGCACGUAAAAACGCACACAGGUCAAUUUCCCUAUUCCUGUUUCAUAUGCAAUAAAGCUUAUACGAUGAAAAGAUACUUAAAAAGACACAUGGUGUGCCACACAGAUUUUCCAAGGCAUCGAUGUCCGAAAUGCGGUCUCAGAUUUAAGGUUAAAUCGGAAUUAGAGUCUCACGUUACAACACACAUACGUGGUGCGCCUUAUGCAUGUAGUCAAUGUCCACGAUUAUUUAAUCAUAAAGGUAAUUACAAACGACAUUUGAUUACUCAUUUAGAUCCGCAAGGUCUUCAUUUACCUAAGUAUCCCUGUACAGUUUGUGGAAAGAGAUUUUUAAAUAAUCGCACAUUAGAGACACAUAUGCGUGUUCAUACUGGUGAGAAGCCAUUCAAAUGCGAGGUAUGUGGACGAUCGUUCUCACAACAAGGAAAUUUGUUGAAUCACGUCAGAAUUCAUUCGAAUCCGCGAAGUUACACGUGUGAAGUCUGUGGAAAACGAUUUAAUCAAAAGGCAACGUUAAGAGAUCAUAGUCUUUUACAUACAGGUGAAAAACCAUAUGUUUGUAAUGUUUGUGGAAUAGCGUUUACAUUUAGUGCUGCAUUGAGACGUCACAUGUGGACUCAUACUGGUGGUAAACCAUUCGGAUGUGAAAUUUGUAAUGCCCGUUUUGUUGGAAAAUAUGAUUUACGGCGGCAUAUGAGGAUACAUACAGACAGACCUAGAACGAAACGGAGGAAAAAUGUGAUCAAGUCAAAUAAUGAACAAGAAGAAGUUAAAGAAGAGAAUAUUGCAGCUUCAGAACAACUAACUAAUUCAGAGACUGUUUUAAUAGAACAAGUUCUAUUAACUCAAGAUGUUACACAAGUUGUACAACAAGAGUCUGAGAAAGAAAAUGUUGAUGCUCUUUUUAAUCUUAUACAAUAUGGUUAAUAGAGCUUCUUUUUUUAUUAUUAUAUAUUGUAUAAAUAUAUUUUUUAGUUUACAUAUAUUUUGAAAAUAGAAUACACAU